AUGUAUGUAUGCUUACUAUAUGUGUAUAUAGAUACGCUGUUUACUGAAUAUAUGGGGCGUCAUGCUAUUUAUCCGACUUAGUUGGGUUGUGGGUCAGGCUGGUAUAGGGUUUUCCUCUGUGAUCAUUAUACUAUCCACUGUUGUAACUGUUGUCACCACGUUAUCCAUGUCAGCCAUUUGUACCAAUGGUGAGGUGAAAGGAGGAGGAGCUUAUUAUUUAAUCUCUCGUAGUUUGGGACCUGAAUUUGGAGGAGCUAUUGGUAUUAUAUUUUCACUGGCUAAUGCAGUAGCUGUUGGACUUUAUGUUGUUGGUUUUGCAGAAACAUUGACUGAACUAUUAGUGAGACACAAUGUUCCUAUACCAGGACUCUCAGAAAUAAACCACAUACGUAUAUUUGGGUUUUUUACUGCUAUACUAUUGUUGGGUAUAGCAUUGAUUGGAUUAGAUUGGGAAUCAAAGAUUCAAUUAGUUUUGUUAGUUGUGUUGGUUGUGGCUCUUAUUGAUGCUGUGAUUGGUUCAUUCAUACCAAGAAGUUGUGAUCAUACUAUAACAUUACAAGGAUUUACUCAUUAUCGAUGGGGUACAUUUGUUGACAACUUUUCUCCCGACUAUCACGACAACCAGAAUUUCUUUAGCGUAUUUUCUGUAUUCUUCCCAGCAGCUACCGGUAUACUUGCUGGAGCUAAUAUAUCAGGAAACCUAAAGGUCUUUGAUGAUAAUAAUUAUGUUAAUAUGAUAUACA